AUCUCGGCCCAAGAAGAAAAGACUUCCCCAAGCCCACGGAAGAUUUAUCUACAGUCCGCCAGAAGGUUGUAGAUACAACGCGUUAUACACACGAUCAUAAAAGGAUAAACUCGCUGGGUUUGAGAGAGAGAGAGAUUGAAAAAUUUUUGAAUUGAAUUUUCAGAGAGACAGAGAGAGAGAUGGCGAUGAACCCACAAUUGUUUCCAAAUGGGAUGCCAGUCCCAUUUAUGAAUGAGAUGUUUAUAUUAAUAAGAGAUGGGGUUGAGUUUGAUAUUGAUAAGAUCCCUGGAACGCAAGGGGGACAUGUUAAAGUGAAGGGAACAAUCUACUUGUCAAACAUCCGAAUAGUGUUUGUUGCAAGUAAGCCUGUGGGGAACCUGUAUGCUUUUGAUAUGCCUUUGCUCUAUAUCCAUGGCGAGAAGUUUAAUCAACCAAUAUUUCACUGCAAUAAUAUCUCUGGUUCAGUGGAGCCUGUUGUCCCAGAUAAUGAGCACAGAGCUCUUUACUCUACUCACUCCUUCAAGAUUCUGUUCAAGGAUGGUGGCUGUGGAACUUUUGUUCCUUUAUUUUUUAAUUUGAUGACAUCGGUGAGGCAGUUUAAUCAAAGGCCUAAUGUCGGGACAGAAACACGUGUAGAUCCUUUACAAGCAGCACAGACACCAGUAGACGAAAUGAUGAGACAUGCAUAUGUCGACCCGAAUGAUCCAACCAAAAUCUUUCUGCAGCAGCCCACUCCAGCAUCCCAGCUGAGGCGGAGGACAUAUCACUCCCAGUCCGAUGAACAUGCUACAUAAUUCUGUGAUAUAAUACGAGCAAGAUGCAUGUUGAAGCUGCAGAAGAACUCUAUGAAUCUCAGUGUGAUAUGUAACUAUAAAUGUUCUCCAGACUAGAAAAACUCGUUUGAAGUUUGAUGCUGUAUUACAAUGUACGUAUAGCUUUGUUUGUGUAAAUGUCGCACAGGUCGAAUGCAUUGUGAUAUGUUACACCUAGCUCAGGGUUGUGUAAGAAGGAACAAUAUUUUAAAAUACCUUGGACAGCUCGGAAAAAUAAGAUCAUAUAUUCUAGCAAAACAUAUUACUUCUUAA